AAAAUCUUCAUACAACCCUUCUUUGAUCGAUCGAAUAGGUCAGAAAAAGAACAGAGAAUAAACUGAAACAUGUGGACUAGUGGUUUAUACGAUUGUUGUGAAGAUAUCCCUAAUUGCUUCUUGACGUGUUUUUGUCCAUGCGUGACCUUCGGGAGGAUAGCUGAGAUUGUGGACCGAGGGAAAACCAGCAGGAGACUUGGAGCGUUGAUGGUGGUGGCGAUGUCCCACAUCGGAUGCGGAUGGUAUUACGCGUCAAAAUACAGACUUAAAAUAAGGCAGGAAUUCUCCUUGCCGGAGGAGCCAUGCUCCGAUGCCCUCAUCCACUGCUUCUGCUGCGGCUGCGCUCUCUGCCAAGAACAUCGCGAGCUCAAGUCCCGCGGCCUCGAUCCAUCCCUUGGAUGGCAAGGUAACGUGGCAGGGCAUAAUCCACAAGGCAACACGCCACCAACCGUGGCAACAGGAAUGGACCGUUGAUCAAAACGCCUUUCUCCACACCACCAAUUUCUGCCAUAUUUCAACUCCUGUUUCUGUUAAUAAAAUAUGUGUGUUAUUUUUUUGGGUUAAAAAACUAUGUGUGAUUUAAUUUGUAUACAACUUUU